AUGGAGCACAUCCAUACUUCCGUCUCUGGACACUUUCGUUUCGUCACCUUUUCUCAUCGCUGGGGUGAAGGCGAGCCAUUGUUGCGCGACAUCGACGGUCGCUCGAUAUAUGAGAUGUCAUCCAAGGGAGGGCUCGGAAAGCUCCAAGCCCUUUGUCGUCGUGCUUGUGAGCAGGAAUACUUUUGGGCGUGGAGCGACACGUGUUGCAUAGACAAAGAUAGCAGUGCGGAGCUGCAAGAAGCGAUAGGAUCGAUGUUCGCAUGGUAUCGACAGUCCGCCCUGACGGUCGUUCACCUCUCUGAUGUUUCCGAUACCGGCUCGUUUGGGAACAGCGAAUGGUUUACACGUGGGUGGACCCUCCAAGAACUACUGGCCCCUGCAACCGUACUAUUCUACACCCAAGACUGGUCGCUCUAUAAGAACCUCACGCGUGCAAACCAUAAGAACGAUGUCGCUGUGCUGGAAGAACUGCAAAAGGCGACUGGAAUAGAGUCCCGUUUCCUCACCAGCUUUUCUCCGGGUAUGGAUGAUGCCCGUUCGAGACUCCAAUGGGCGUCGAAGCGUUGUACUACCCGGCCUGAGGAUAUCGCCUAUUCACUUUUCGGGAUCUUCAAUCUCCACAUGCCCAUUUUAUAUGGGGAAUCUCCUGAGAACGCACUUGGCCGUCUCCUAGCGGAAAUCAUAUCGCAUUCUGGGGACAUCUCUAUUCUAGAUUGG